AUGUGACGUCAGAGCCAUCAGCUGUUUUUGUUUUGUUCCUGCUGGGAUCAUUCCGGAUCUCGGGCGGUGUGAGGAGUCUCCAGCGGAUCCGGGGGCUCCGGUGAAGGCGGGGACGGGCGGAGCGCGCCGGAGUUCGGGAUGGAGAGCGGAGAUGGAGGCGGAGGAGCCCGCGGCCCGGCACUGCGCUGCGCCUCCUUUAACCAGGACUCCACUUCACUGGCUGUGGGUACAAAGGAAGGUUACAGGCUGUUCUCUGUCACCGCCGUGGAUAAACUGGAAUGUAUUCACGAAAGCGCAGAGAAUCCGGACGUCUACAUUGUGGAACGUUUGUUCUCCAGCAGCCUGGUGGUGGUGGUGAGUCAUUCGAUGCCACGCCGCAUGAACGUCUAUCACUUCAAGAAAGGAACAGAAAUCUGCAACUACAGCUACUCCAACUCCAUCCUCGCCGUGCGCCUCAACCGACAGAGGCUGGUGGUUUGUCUGGAAGAGUCCAUUUACAUCCACAACAUCAAGGACAUGAAGCUUCUGAAGACUCUUCUGAAUACACCACCCAACCCCUCAGGUCUCUGCGCUCUCUCCAUCAACCAUUCCAACUCUUACCUGGCGUAUCCUGGCAGUGCCACCAUCGGAGAAAUCAUCGUCUAUGAUGGCAACAAUCUGAGCACGGUGACCGUGAUUCCAGCUCACGACAGUCAGUUAGCUGCUCUCACCUUUAAUGCCUCAGGCACCAAACUGGCCAGCGCCUCAGAGAGGGGCACAGUGAUCCGAGUGUUCUCCAUUCCAGAGGGACAGAGACUGUUUGAGUUCCGUAGAGGAAUGAAAAGAUAUGUGAACAUCAGCUCUCUGUCCUUCAGUCCUGAUGCUCAGUUCCUGUGCGCCUCGAGCAAUACUGAGACUGUCCACAUCUUCAAACUCGAACAGCAUGGACAUGGCAGGGAGGAGGAGAACCCCUCAUGGUCAGCAUACGUGGGGAAGAUGUUUUCGGCGGCGAGCAGCUACCUGCCUGCACAGGUUUCAGGAAUGAUGAGUCAGGAUCGCGCGUUCGCCACGGUCCGCCUCAACACGCACGGCCACAAACACACCUGCACUUUAACAACAAUCCAGAAGCUUCCGCGGCUCCUCGUAGCCUCGUCCCAAGGGCAGCUCUUUAUUUAUAACAUUGACCCUCAGGAUGGGGGCGAAUGCACGCUGGUCCACACACACAGGUUGUUAGGAUCUGAAGAGGAGGCCGAGGCGUCCGAGGGAUCUCCGGCUCCUUCCUACGCCGCUGCCACCGCGGCCAUCGGCACCUGUGGACCCAUCUCUGCCAUGCUCACCGAUGCCGACAUUCCAUUUCAGCAAAUCAGCGCUUUGAAGCCAGUGAGGUCAUCCAUCAGGUUGACAUCCAUCAUGUUUGUUAACUUUUCUCAGUUUGCUCACUAAAUUGUCAUUUAUUUCACCAAAUAAUGCAUUAAAACAUGGAAAACUUCAAUGAUAUCGAUGAGCAAAUGACUGUAUCAUAGGUAAGGUGUAAAAUUUCAUUUUUCAAAUUAUAUACUACAUUUGGAUUUGUUUGUUUUUGCAAAAAAAAAAAUUGCGAGUUGUUUGUUUUUGCCACCAAAGGUAAUCAAAAACCUCUUUUUAGUUUUGUUUUAAUAAGGUUUUAUUCUUCAGAUUAUGGCAACGUUGCUGAUUGCAUUUCAAUUCAGAUUGCCCCAUACAAAAAAAAGGAAUUACACAAAACAAAACAAAAGGAGUUGCCUGCUUUUGCCCUGAACUCAUUUGUUUUUCAUGAAAAUAUAGUAAUUAAAACAAAUAUUUUGUUCAUGAAUCAAGUGCAUGUGAAUGACUCAGAAUGGAUGACUCAGCCAAUGGUUUCAGUCUAUGUAACUGCGAUGACCAGACUGAAUGAAUUUUUCUAAAUAAAUCAGGCCAGACGUCGGUUUUCCAAAAAUAUUCCAGUACGGAAGGAGAUUCACUUCCCCCCUAGCCAUUUAGUCAGACAACGCCUAUAAUUUAAUGCAACAGAAUGAUCAUUUUAGUUCCAGGCCAUUCUCUUGAAAACUUCCUGCACGGGAACUGACCCAAAAGGGUUUGACUCUGUCAGCUCAGGAAUGAGGCCAAGCAGAGGGAAGCUCGGCUCACGGCCACACGGUAUUUCCAGAAGCGGAAGUGAGUCAGGAUUUCCUCUUAAGUGAAAGCGCUAAUCCAAACCAUGUGGGAACCCUGGGGGUGGUUAUGAGCUGUCCAGGGUCCUGAAUUGCAUCUCAGGCCUGAGAGCAUUGUUGGAGAA